AUGGUGAAGUUGUCUGCGGAGCUGAUCGAGCAGGCCGCUCGGUACAUCAACCCUGUGAGAGACCGAGAGCUGGAUUUACGAGGUUAUAAAAUCCCAGUGCUCGAAAAUCUCGGAGCAACUCUGGACCAGUUUGACACCAUUGACUUCUCUGACAAUGAAGUCAGAAAAAUGGAUGGUUUCCCUCUGCUCAAAAGACUGAAAACACUGCUAAUGAACAACAACAGGAUUUGUCGUGUAGGUGAGAAUCUGGAGCACUCGCUGCCGAGUCUGUCUGAACUGGUUCUCACAAAUAACAACAUUCAGGAGCUGGGUGACUUGGACCCUCUAGCCUCAGUGAAGACAUUGUCCCUUCUCAGCCUGUUAAGGAAUCCAGUGACCAACAAGAAGCAUUACAGGCUCUAUGUCAUCAGCAAAAUUCCCCAAAUCCGUGUGCUUGACUUCCAGAAGGUAAAGCUUAAGGAGCGCCAGGCGGCAGAGAAAAUGUUCAAAGGCAACCGAGGUGGUCAGCUUGCAAAGGAUAUUGCCAAGCGAACGAAAACAUUCACUCCUGGAGUGGCUGCGCAACUUGAGAAGAAGAAGACGGGGCCGACUCAAGCAGACGUGGAAGCUGUGAAGAACGCCAUCGCCAAUGCCUCAUCAUUGGCUGAGGUGGAGAGGUUGAAAGGGAUGCUUCAGGCGGGACAGAUCCCAGGCCGAGAUCUAAGACAAGGUCCAGCUGAAAUGAUAGAGGAGGAGGAAGAAGAAAUGGAAGACACUGAACAGAUGGAAACAGACAUGGGUGGAGACGCUGGAGAGCAGAUGAAUGAGAGAAAUCCAGAGGAUGAUGAAGAUAUGGUUCAAGAGCCAAAUGUUAUUGGCACCUGA